GUCAGGGGCGCACGUGGCCCGGCGGCCCCGGUGCGGGCUGGCCCCGCCGCCGGCAGCAGCAGAGCGGGUCCCGCCGCCCCCGCGCCAUGAGGGUGCAGCUGGAGCGGUGCCGGGGCGAGUGGCGGGAGUUGGAGGAGGAGUUCCGGCAGCUCCAGGAAACACACAAAGUUUACAGGCAGAAACUGGAGGAAGUCACCAGCUUGCAGACAGCCUGCAGCAGCUCCAUACACCGGCAGAAGAAGACACUAAGGGACCUGAAGCACAGCCUGCAACGGUGCAAGCCCAGAGCGAGUCCUGAGGAGUUUGCUCUCAUUCAGGAGAUCAGCACCCAGAUCAAGGAGAGGCAAAAUGCCUUCUUCGACAUGGAAGCCUACUUGCCGAAGAAGAACGGCUUGUACUUAAACCUGGUGCUGGGGAACGUGAAUGUAACUCUCCUGAGUAACCAAGCAAAGUUUGCCUACAAGGACGAGUAUGAGAAGUUCAAACUUUAUCUGACUAUAAUCUUGUUACUCGGGGCUGUCACCUGCAGGUUUAUUCCCCACUACAGGGUUACAGAUGAAGUGUUUAACUUUCUGUUAGUGUGGUAUUACUGCACGCUGACGAUACGGGAAAGCAUUCUCAUUAGCAAUGGAUCCAGGAUCAAAGGCUGGUGGGUGUCGCAUCACUACGUUUCCACGUUCCUGUCUGGAGUAAUGUUAACGUGGCCAGAUGGACUCAUGUAUCAAAUGUUUCGCAGUCAAUUUUUAGCAUUUUCAAUAUUUCAGAGUUGUGUUCAGUUCCUACAAUAUUAUUAUCAAAGGGGCUGCCUUUACAGACUCCGUGCUUUGGGGGAGAGGAACCACUUGGACCUUACAGUAGAAGGAUUUCAGUCCUGGAUGUGGCGGGGGCUGACGUUUCUCCUUCCCUUCUUGUUCUUUGGGCAUUUCUGGCAGCUAUAUAAUGCAGUCACGCUUUUCGGAUUGUCGAGGCAUAAGGAGUGCAAAGAAUGGCAGGUUUUUGUGUUGGCUUUCACGUUCCUGCUGCUCUUCCUCGGGAACUUCCUCACUACUCUCAAAGUGGUGCACACUAAACUGCAGAAAAACAAAGACAAAAUGAAGAAGCUGUGACACUCCCCCCCACCCAGCCUCCCCGGUGUGCUGGCUGUCGCCCUUCUGCCCGCCGGCUUUGGGACGGAUCCUGCUAAACCCCAGCUUCGCGAUGGACGGGCUUGAAGGACUCGUCCGUCCCUGCGUUCCGUGAAGGAUACGGACUCUGCCAGCACAGACUCAGUAUUACACAGCAUGGCUCUCCAGUCCGCAGUCCUGCUAUUUAUGUAUAUUUAAUACAAAACGUGUUCGCUUUUGGGGUGGGUUUUGUUUUUUGUUUGGUGUUGUUUUUUUUUUUUUUUGUGUAUAUAAAGCAACAUGCACCUGCCUGGCGCAGUGCCAGCGUUGGGAGAAUGUAGGAUCUACUGUAAUUCCAAUUCUGGAAUGAUAUUUAACACUUUACAGUUUUAUUAUUUAAAUUCUGGGUAUUGGAUUUGCAAAGACUUGUGAACACUCCAGGUGGAUCAGUAAUACAGACCCAAUGUUGGUUUUUUUUAAAGGCAUUUGUUUAAGGCAUAUUUUCAGUGGCAAUACUAACCUGUGUGUUACUGUGAAAAAAAAAAAAAAAAUGAUGCCCAUCUUUGUACCAUACUGCUGCUAUAUACACUUUUAAAAAGCUAUUUAAAGAGGAGUUAUCCUCUUUUAAAAACAAAAAUAAGCAAGCAAAAUGAGUUGUUAAAUGGCAGGGAAGUCCGCUAGCCUUCCUCCAGGGAGACCAGGUCAUCUCUCCAGGCCUGGACAAGACCUAAAAUAAACCAUUCAAUAUGCAGCUGCUUCAGCCCCUUUUUAAUAACAAAUAUGCUGCCCUUCGGGUUUUUUUUUUUUCAAGACACCGUUUUUUUUCCUUAAAAUGAACUUCAUCAGUGGCAAAAGUGCAGUUGCACUUUGGUUUCUGUUUCCAGUGGUUUUUUUGUUCCCUGUGCUGUCCUGGAAAGGGAAGGACGGGCUGAGCAGAAAUAUUAAAUACUUUCUUUAGAUGCUGCGCUUGUACCAAUAAUUAAGCGAAUGUAAACACACUCGGUCAGAAGGAACACGGAGGACAAAUCCCGACUCCCAUCCUGCUUAACUUCUUGUGCUGCUUGAACUUAAAACUUACUCAUUCAAUUGAGCUUGUUUUGGGUGCUUUAACAUCUGUGCCUCCGAGGGCCCGCUCCAGUGUUGUG